UCCGAGUUAGAAACACGGACGAGUGUAGAGUAAGCGUGCGGUCAUUUAGACUCGCCAAACCGCCCGCAUUUGAUUAAUUAUCGGCGCUUUUCGACCCGAAAAAGUGACGGCCGGAAAUCCAAAGCUCGCGCCUGAGUCUCCCAAAAGCGAACGCAGUACUUCCCCCCGAUUCUCUCCGCGAGCGAACGCGACCCGAUCCCUUAUCGCGUCGCCAGAAGGGGAUCCUCAGUGUCCCGAAAGGGAUCUCGCCCUCGCCCCCUCGAUUCGAUCCCGUCCAGCGCCCGCGAAAGGGAUCCGAAGGCCUCCUUAUAGCGCCCGUUAAAGGGGAUUCCUCGCCCGUCCUCUCCUUUCGAUCCCCUAUAGCGCGGGCUGGAGAGUCCGAUCCCCCAACGCGUCGCCCAGAGGAGGUUCCGCGCCCGCCCCCCCGCGCCAGCUGAUCCGGAGUGCGAUCGGAUCCCCCUGCACAAGGGCUCGCGGCCGCCCGUCGCCAUCUUCCCUAUACUCGCGCAGAGGGAGAGAGAAGCCGAGGCGAUGGCGGCGCACUGACCAGCCCGUUUUCUCCCAGUUUUCUCGAGCGGAGCAGCGCCUUCCACGAGCCGGAACAGGAUCGCGUUCGCCUCGAGAGGAGGUCACACGAGGCCAGAGGAGGCCAGAGUCCGCGGAAGCCGAGCAGAGGCGCGAGAGGCGAAGGGCCCGAGAGGUGGGACACGGGCGCCAGACGUUCCUCUCGCCUCCUGUUCCUUGGGGGCGCCUUCCCUCCGCCCGCACGCCCACGCCAGGCCGCGGCGCCCGUCGGUGAUCGCCACAGCCCGGGGAGCCCCCUCCGCCCGCCCCUGCCCCCCCCCCCCGAACCCCAACGCAAACACCCCAGCCAAGGAAACAAAAACAAAAACAAGGAGAAAGAGGGAACCCCCCCCCCGCCGCCUUGACCCCAAAGGACCCCAGCCCCUCCGGGAAAAUCCCCUGGAAACCUUCUGACUGAAACCCUUUCCUUCCUUCCUUCCUUCUAUCUCCCCCCCCUCUCUCUCUCUUCCUUCCUCCUCUUCUUUCUUCCCUCCUUCCUCUUCCUUCCUCCUUCCUCCCGUUCCCCCCCCUCGGCCAAGAUGUCUUCGGGAAUCAUCGGGUGCCGGGAGUUCGUGGUGGGAGGGAAGUACCGCCUCGUCCGGAAGAUCGGCAGCGGCAGCUUCGGGGACAUCUACCUCGGGAUCAACAUCACCAACGGGGAGGAGGUUGCAAUCAAGCUGGAGGCCAUGAAGGCCCGGCAUCCGCAGCUACUGUAUGAGAGCAAAGUCUACAAGAUUCUUCAAGGAGGCGUUGGAAUUCCACACAUAAGAUGGUUUGGUCAAGAGCAACAGUACAAUAUCUUGGUAAUGGACCUUUUAGGACCUUCCCUAGAAGACCUCUUUAACUUCUGCAGUCGACGCUUCACCAUGAAGACCGUCCUAAUGCUAGCAGACCAGAUGAUUGGACGCAUAGAGUUUAUACACAACAAGAACUUCAUACACAGAGAUAUAAAGCCAGACAACUUCCUAAUGGGCAUUGGCCGCCACUGCAACAAAUUAUUCCUGAUUGACUUUGGACUGGCCAAGAAGUACAGGGACAACCGUUCCCGAGCCCACAUACCCUACCGGGAGGACAAGAACCUGACUGGAACUGCUCGUUACGCUUCAAUCAAUGCGCACUUGGGGAUUGAGCAGAGUCGGCGUGAUGACAUGGAAUCUUUGGGAUACGUGCUGAUGUAUUUUAAUCGUGGGUCUCUGCCCUGGCAAGGCCUUAAAGCUGCCACCAAGAAACAGAAAUACGAGAAAAUCAGCGAGAAGAAGAUGUCUACUCCUGUUGAAUCUCUUUGCAAGGGAUUCCCCGCGGAGUUUGCUAUGUACCUAAACUACUGCCGAGGGCUGCGGUUCGAUGAGGCCCCUGACUACAUGUACCUACGUCAGCUGUUCCGCAUCCUGUUCCGCACACUUCACCAUCAGUAUGACUACACCUUCGACUGGACCAUGCUUAAGCAGAAGGCUGCUUCCACUGCUGCUGCUGUGUCAGGAACCACCCCCCAGCCUGCUGCGACCCAAGGUACACAAAAACAGCUCUGAGGUCUAGGAUGAAGGUGGUGAUAAUGAGAAACAGAAGGAGGCCACUAGAGGAAUCCUAGUGAAGAUAAAUAGCUACUGAAAUCUUGCUGAGACAAGAAAAAACAAAGGAUUAAAAUCAUCAAAAGCAAAAACACUUCAACAACAAGAACAACUUUAAAAAACUACAAAAAAACAAAAAACAAAAAUAAAAGCACCAAAAACCAAAAAAAAAAAAAAAAAAAAGAAGAGCCCAAGCUCAAGGUGUUCCCCUUUCUUUAUGUUGAAAAGAAGACAAAGAAAACGGGAGGACAUCCGCUUGAUGAGAACAGUGGGCCCAAAGACAGCAGCGUGCAGCAGUGUGUGACGUGUGACGAGGCGAUUUUUCUUGUCUUUGUCUCAUCUCGUCUUUGUUUUGUCUUUGAGGAAAAGAGAGGGUGCAACUGACUGGGCCGACUUGAUGCGGUCUCCCCUCCCCCCCAUGCUGCCUGUUGUUGGGGUUUCGCCCACUGGCCUCGCUUUUUUUGCCACUAAUGCUGCUGAUAAUAAUAGCCCUUUUUUUUUCUUUUUCUUUUUAUUAUUCCCCGAGAGGCGUUUCUGUACUCUUUCUCUAAUAUUGGUUAGGAAUUCCUGUAUUAUCAUAUUUUUUUUCUUUUCUUUUCUUUUAUCACAGUUUUAUUUUCUCUUGGUGAAUAUUUGAUUAUACGUUGUGUAUGAUUAUAUAAUGGUUCCACAUUAGUGUGGAUUUUUUGUUUAUAAUAUUUUUUUUUUUUACCUUUGUGUUUGUUCUUUCUAUGUGUAUUUUUCUGUAAUCUUCCACGUGCUAAUUCAGAAGGUUAUUGAAAACCUGUGGAAGUGUUGUAUUGUUCUUAUGUCUUUUUUUAUUUUUUUUACAAUGACUUUCUUAUUUUUGUUAGUGCUUUUAUGGCACAAAAAUAAAGCAAGCUGAAGUUAUAUAUAUAUAAGAGAAAUUUAAAGAAUAGAUAAUACAAUACAAAAAUGUUUUUUGGAUAUGAAUGGGUCUUAUAGUUGUAAUAGUGUUUUUUCUCCACAUGACCAAAAGCUCAUGGUGAAUUCAUUCAUUUAUAUUUAGCCAUAUCAUAUACAUAACUGUUUAGAAGAAAUGCCACUACACAGCUACUGAGUUAAAGUCGUUUGGUGGAGUAACUUUCGUCUGUAAACCAACCCCUGCCCAUCCUGUUUAGAAAUUGAAAAAGAAAAUAUGUGAAUAAGAUUCCCAGAAUAAUUUAGACUAAAAUAUACAAAAAUAGAAGAAAAAUAUUAUUUAAUGAUGGAUAUAUCUACAUAGGAAAGGGAUUAUUUUGGUAGUGCUGUUUUUCCCCCCCUUUUUUUUUUUGCUGAUUUUAUUUGAUAAGAAGGGACCUUCUUUGUAUGUAGAGGAAAAAAAAGAAUAUUGCACUUCUUACUUGAAAGGAAGAUAAAGAUAAUGUCUUAGGUAUAUAUCUGUCUAUAUAUAUAUCUAUAUAUAUAUAUAUGUAGUGCGUGCACGCGAGAGAGAUUGAGAUGGAGAAAGCAGAGGCGGGAUUCAUUAUGACGUGAUAGUUCGUAACCCGCGGAAAUAGACAAAGAAGAAUACCACAUUGCCCCUCACCCCCACACCCCCUCUCGGGAGUUUUUUUGUUUUUUUUCUUUUCUUUUUUUCUAUAAGUCUGCAUCUUUUAUGCAGAGAUACUUUCCUUUUUUUAUUUUAUGGAAAUCAGAAGUAUGUCUAUGAUUUUGAUGUGACUAAGACCAUAUUAGUUUGGAUUUGUAAUGAAGACAUUGUCUGUCUAACUGUGUAUUGUAUAAGAUGUUUUGUAAUUAAGGUCUGUUGCUCCUUCCAAUAUUUUUCUUGUCUUUAUUAUUAUUAUUAUUACAUAUUUUUUUUUCUUUGUAUUCUCUUAAUUAAAUAUUGUUCUCCAGAUUUCUUUUUUUUUUAAUGUAUACAUUUUUUUAGUAGAACUCAAUGUAAGAAAGAAAGAAUGAGGAAGAAGAAUGAUCCCACAUAGUCCCACUGUAAACUCCUUGUAUAACCUCUGCUUAUAUUGUUAAAAAAAAAAUGAGUGUAACUGAGUGUACUUGUUGAACAUGUGUCAGACAGGCAGGCGUGUUGAUGACUUGUUUUGUAGAAAGAAUAAGUAAGUCUUUUCUUCUCUCUUUUUUUUUCUCCUCUUCCUCUGAUUUGAUGGCAGGGCAAAAAAGAAAGAAAGAAAAAGAUGUAUAAACACUUUAUUUUUUAUUUUAUUUUAUUUUUUUUUUUAACUUUAGGCGUAGGAGUUGAGUGUGCUCCGUAUGGAAAGAUUAGCCUUCUCUUCCUUUGUCCAGUUUAUUAUUUUAUACCUUCCCUCCCUCCCUCUCCUCCUGUCCAUGUGAUAUAUAUAUAUAUAUAUGACUUUCUCUUUUUUUUUUUAAUGAUAUUUUUGUGUGUUUGUACUGUGCUAGACUUCUGUUGGUUGGGACAGCAUACAUUUAGCCAUUUCUUACUCCAAGAUGUGCUUUUUCCAAGUGGUUUGACUGGUGUUUAACCCAUGACAUAUUUCUUUUAUUAUCUUGCCACUGUGAAUGUCUAGUUUGCCUGUCUUUUUUUUUUUUUUUUUUUUCCUUUUUUUCUUUUUUUCUCUCUCUUUUUUUAUCACUAAAAGAUUUUUCUGUCUCCUCAACAUGAGAAAAUAGGCAGGUCUGAUAGCAGAUAAUUGACCCUCUUUCCCUUCCUUUAAAGAUACAAAAAACAAACAAAAACAAAAUGUCGACCCCCCUUCCCUCUCCCUUCAUCAUCAUCAUCAUCUGUUUUACAUCUGUUUCCUUGCUUGCACGGGUUGGAUGACAAGUUCUUGUUGGCUGAGUUAACUUUCUCCAGGGUUUUCUGUUCUUCAAUGAUUGAGAAUCCACUUCUGCGGUUCUUGGACCGGAGCGUGUCACUUCGCACUUUCCGCUACUCUCCCUUACUGAUUUGACCUUCCCUCCUUCAGAUAAAUAGUAAUGAUUAUUUAGAAAAUAUUGCAUGUAUACAACAUUUACUGCAAAAUAAAAAGUUGUAUAUUCCCACAAAAAAAAAAAGAAGAAAAAAAGAAAAAAGAAAAAAAAAAAAAAAAAGGCAGACCUCACAGUAACUACUGCUUAGGAUUUCUUCACCGAACUGGUUCCCCUUCUCUGGAGGGCAUCGAGGCACGCCCCUUUCAAUAGGUCGUCACUAGCUUGCUUGAGGUCAUGUGCUUGUUCACCUGCCUUGGCGACGUCUUGAAAUUGGUCGAUUGGCUUUGAUUAUUAGUAACAAUGGUUAUUUAUUAUUUGUUUGUAUUAUUGUAUUAACCAUCACGAUUAUUAUUGUUUGUGGUUAAUAUUAUAACAGUUACCAUUGCUGUUAGUUUAUUUUUAUUAUAGAUUUUCGUAUUUUAUUCUAAAAUUCUUUUUUGAGAUGGAAAUCCAAUGCCUCGUGGGACCAUUUAUUAUCCUGUAGCAAAGAACUAGUGACAUCUGUUUUGUCUGUACUUGCACCCCUCCCACUUCCCUCUCCCCCCCACCCCCUGUAUCACCCUGAAAUCAAGUCUUUAUUAUUCAGUGAGGUCUCUUAUGAGCUGACUUUGUAAAAGGUUUGUUAGAACAGAAGACUUUUUUGUUUCUUUUUUGCAAUACUGCAAAACAUUUUAAUUGUGUGGAUAUGAUGGUUCUUAAGGAAACCUCUUGCCCUUGUCAUUCAUUCAAUAUUUUUUUUUAUUUAUUUAUUUAUUAAUUUUUAAUUCAAGAAGAGGUGGUUCUUCAUUACUGUGUUGUUGCUAGUGUUGUUAUUAUUUUGAAUUAAUUAUCAUUCUUUGAUUUAUGGUAAUCUUUUAUUUAACUAUUUAUUUUCUAAUGCCAUAAUCAUCAUCAUCAGUACUGUUGAUAUUGUAGACAUCAGCUAAAGGUCAUUUAUGAUGCUUCUCAGUACUCGGUACAUUUCUGGAAGUGCAUUUGAAGUGAUGACUAGUGUUUUAAGAUUUUUUUCCAUUUUUAAAUGGACUUCACAGAAAAUGUACUGGAAGAAUACACCUCUCUGUUCAGAUCUAAAAAAAAAAAAGGUGUCUUCUAAAAAAAUCUUGCUGUAUUAUUUUGAUUUUUAAGGAGAAAUAAUUAUAUAACAAAGAAACAAACAAAAAAAUAUGUAGAGUAUGUGUACAUGACUUGCCUGUAAGAACCAUAGACACCAAUUUCAACAUCUGUAAACCUUUGUAAUGUCUAAGACAAUAUUUGUCCCUCUUUUUUUCUCUGUUAUUUGUAACCAUAACAAAGAAAAUGUAAAAAAAAAAAAAAAAAAAAAAAAAAUCAGGCAUUGUUUUUUUUCUCAAUGUAAUUGUAACUGAUAUAGAAAUAUUUGAAUACAUUUAAGAAGGUGACGUGUCAGAAUUAUUUUGUAAGUGUUGGCAGUUGAAAAUUUGGAUCACUUUUAGGAACAAAUUGAGUAGGUGUGAAUGAAAGGAGGAUCAUAAUAUUGUGAAGGAUUUUCAUUUAUUACUGUCGAGUUUAAGUCGAGAUUUAAUCUUUCAUGUAAGUGUUUGUGUGUGCAUGUUUGUUUAUGAUAAACAGAAUUAUAAUGCAUGCAACAUAUGUAGACACACACACACAACACACACACACACA